AUGAUUCCCCAGAUGAACCUACUUCUAGCCUACCCAUCUGAAAGAACACCUCUUCUUUCAAUAGAAAAUCAAUGGAGCAAAGAGCUAAAUGACAUUGGCCGCUUAGUUGAUGCCUCGUUGCAAUCCGUUAUCGAUGCGCAGCGCCGACUGGUUAAAAAGUUUUCCGGGGAUUUGUUUUCCGUUCCGCAAGCAUUUAUAGCAAACGCUGCAUUGCCUUUUUGGCCCCACAUCCCGCAAAAUACAUCCGCAUCAAAUGUCAUUUCAAGGAAAAUGUCAAAGAAAAAGAAAUCGGCUAUUAUUUCGACUUCUCCUACAAAUUCGACAGCAUCGAGUUUAUUGAAGCACAGGCCAUCACUCUCAGGAGGGACAGGCCCAUCGUCCCAGUUCGAAAGCGCCUCGGGCUCCACAUCUCGAGCUAGUGGCCCGUUAGCUGUUAAAAAACACGAUAACAUGGGGGUUAUCAAGCCCUCCCUUUCGAAGGAAAAGAAUUGGUCUCUUGGAGCCACCAGUGCAUAUCUGCGUUCGCAACGCUUGAAGCCAAUUAGAGUGGGGAUCACAAAAAUUAUAGAGCGUCAAUUGAUUGAACAAAACAUAGGACCUAAACCGCUGCUUGCAACCCGUGAGGCCUGUGCCCUUCACGAUGAGCUUAGAUCUCUCCUUGUGAUUCUUUACGACGAAAAGAGAGCACUGGAACGCGUGGAGCUAUCCUGCAAGGCUGCUGGAAUAUCCAUUUGA